AUGUCUAGGAAUGAUGAAGGUGUUUCCGGCGAAGAGGACCUUGAGAUUCCGGCAGAAGUAGCUGAUCUCCAUUUCGAACGGUACAGGAGAAAUGACGUUCUGAGACCAAGAGGAAGAGCAGGACUUGGAGACGUUGAUCGAAGGCGUGAUCAGAUAUCACUUAUUGCUAGAGGUGUUCAAAGGCCCGGGGUUGCGUUUGGAGAUCCAUUUCCUGACGAUGAAGGAUAUGGUGAAAGAAUACCACAACGUCAGAGACACCAGCAACCAUACUAUACAAAGAUUGUUCCACUUACCCUCACUCAAAGAGAAAAUGCUCAGAUGGAAUUACAGAUUGAUGAGUUCCAAAAUAGCCCCGCAUUUACUACGACUUUGCUUAUAGAGUAUAAUAGGGGGGUACGCUUGAAGUUGAAAUAUUUAAUGACUUUAUUUAGUACAAUCGAAUUGGUUUCAAACUUCAACCAGUGUAUCCUGGAUGGGAAAGUGUUUCUGUCAGCAUAACAAAACCAAUUGAGAACUUCAGAACGUACGAUCGAAGAUUGAGUGAAAUAUCUACCAAGAUGGGGAAAUUAGACAAUGGAGAUGCGUUGGUAAGGAUUUUUUAUUUUAGUGAUUCUAACCUUCCUAAUCUUGUUUGUUUUUUUAGUACGUUGCCGUUCCCAUUGUGGACCGAGGAAAUGGUUGGAACGCCGAACUUAGGUUCUCAACUGCACACCCGCAACGAAGGGAACGGGAAGGACAACCUCUAGUUGAACCAGCUACAUUUUCUUCCAACGAGGACUCUCGAAAUGUAUGACCUCAAUUGUCAUUCUUUGACGUUUUUAGUUCCAAGCGGCCAAAAUGUAUAUGGAUGAAAAGUACAGUGACUUCACGUUUAUCUGCGAAUAUCCUGGAGAGGAGACUAUCAGAAUUCCCGUGCAUAAAGUCAUUGUUGGACCGAGUUCUCCAUAUUUUCAAAGCAUGUUCCUGGGAGAUACCAAAGAAAGUCAACGCAACGAAGCCGUUGUCAAUACGUUCAGACCAGAGGUGAGUCAUAGGCGUUGAGACACUCGUUGUCUGAAAAUGAUUUGUUAUCGAUUUUUGAAAAUGCGUUUUAAAUUUCGGCCAAUUUUUUACCUAAAGUCAAAUAUGUAAGGAUGGUGACAUACGCAUCAAAUCACGUGUCGUGGGCAGAAACCGAGAUUUUUGUGUGUUAGGCCUCUAGACAAGAAAUGCGUAAGCUACAACAGACUUUGAAAUCUAGAAAACACAUGAGUUGAAUAACGCUUUGAUGUGCUGAACCACUAUUGUAUUACUCACUAUGGUACCCCAUUUUAUUUCUGCGUGGGGAUGCCGACUCGUCCGGAAAGGAUUAAAAGCAUUUGAUUUUCAGAUAGUCAAAGAGAUCUUCUACUAUAUAUACCAUGGGAAGGUCUCCAACCAAGCCUGUUCGAUCUGCUCUGAAGUUGUGAAAGCAGCAGAUUACUUUCAAUUAGAUGGACUCAGGGACCAUUGUAUGAGUAAGGUUGGGAAGAACAUUGAUCAGUCCAAUGUUCUUGAUCUUGUUUGUCUGGCCGGUCAAUUUGGAGGACAAGAUAUCGCUGUUAGAGCCAAACAGUUUAUCGAUACUUACAUCACGAAAGAAGAAGCGGUAUGUGUGUCAUUAAAUACAAUCAAUGGCAUAAGUGGUCUUCCCGUUAAUAGUCUUUCUUUCAGGAGCAACUGUAUUCGGAUCUCAUCAGAAACAACCCUGAAGCUGCCAUUAAUUUUUUUGUCAAUACCUAA